GACUUCUAUAGCUUUUAUCUUCUAAAAGGUAUACAAGUCGCUUAACUGAGCAGUUAUUAUUAUAUCUCUGUUCGACUUGAGGAUCAUAAUACUUAAGUGUGAAACUGCCUAUUUGACGAUCACCUUGUGAGUGUGGCUGUGAUGGAUACCUCAAGUAAGUGUGGCUGUGACUGACUCGGUAGUGUGCGUGCCUCCACUUAACCACAUUUGAGUGUGACCUCUACUUUUUGCACUUGUGCUCGUACACAUCUUGCAGAAACGGACACAGCCUGGUUGAAAGAUCUUCCUUGAAACCGUCUGGACCCAUCCAGAUCUACCUGCUGUUCCCAAAUAUUCCCUGGAUUUCACGAAUGUGUCUGCGUUGGUUCCACCACCAAAUAUUCUGUGUGCCUUUAUCCUGCAUGACGACGGUGUGACUGUCAGACAUUAGUCACCAUUUCCAGCUGUGCAAGGCUUCUUCUUGUAACUCGUGUCUUUGGAGACGUCUCAAAGCUGCCAUGGAGGCGAUCGCAAUUUAUAACUUCAAAACUACAGAGAGGGACGAACUGCCAUUCAACAAAGGGGAUACUUUGAAGAUUCUUAACAUGGAAGAUGAUCAAAACUGGUUUAAGGCAGAAAAAUUUGGAGUAGAAGGUUUCAUUCCAAAGAACUACAUCAAAGUAAAGCCCCAUCCGUGGUACGAAGGCAGAAUCUCCAGACAAGUUGCUGAAGAAAAGCUGCUGAAACGGAAGUUCCUUGGAGCCUUCCUAAUCCGGGAAAGUGAGAGUUCACCAGGAGAAUUCUCCAUUUCAGUCAACUACGGACAUCAUGUGCAACACUUCAAAGUUCUGAGGGAGAAAAAUGGAAUCUACUAUCUGUGGGAGACCAAGUUCAACUCCAUAAAUGAACUUGUGGAUCACUAUCGAACGAGCUCCAUAGCUAAAUCUCACCAAGUCUUUCUGCGAGAUGAAGAAGAGAAGAGGAAAAGCCAUUUUGUUCGGGCAGAAUUUGAUUUUAACUCUAGAAAGGUGCAUGAGCUGUCCUUCAGACAAGGCGAUAUCAUCGAAGUCUUGGAAUCCUCUGACCCCAACUGGUGGAAAGGAAGAAUCUCUGGAAGGAUUGGCUUGUUCCCAAAGAACUAUGUAAACAAAAUCUACAUGUGA